AACACGAGAGGCACAGAGAAGCGGAGAAGCGGAAUGAGAGGAGAUGAAGCCUGUUCAAGUGGUUACAUGCUGCAAGCAACACUAGCUUUUCUGGAGACCAGAAGCUUCUCAAUAUUACAAUGACACCGAGUCAUGGAUAUACAGUCAUGGUUCAUCUCAUGAGCCGCCUGAUCAAUAUUUGAAGUGGAGAAACCGAUGCUGACUGUUUCUGAGCAACACCUAUUGAAUUGGGACAUACUGUGGGAUUAACCGCUGGGCUCUGGAACUUCACAUCUUAAAAUGUCAGAUCACGAGGACCUGACUAAAUCCAUGGGACACUGGAACGCCUCCGAGAGCUACCAGCUCAACCCAGCCAGUGUCAUUGUGUCUGUGGUCUUCUCGCUCAUCUUCCUCUUAGGGACCAUUGGGAACAGUCUGGUACUGGCUGUGCUCCUCAGAAGUGGACAGGUUGGGUACAACACCACCAAUCUGUUCAUCCUCAACCUCAGCGUAGCCGAUUUCUUCUUCAUCAUCUUCUGUGUGCCUUUCCAAGCAACCAUCUACUCUCUGGAGGGUUGGGUUUUCGGGUCCUUCAUGUGCAAGGUGGUUCAUUUCUUCAUCAACCUCACCAUGUAUGCUAGCAGUUUCACUUUGGCGGCAGUGUCUGUGGACAGGUAUCUUGCCAUCCGUUACCCCUUGCGCUCCAGAGAACUGAGAACGCCGUGUAACGCCGUAGUCGCGAUGGUGGUCAUCUGGGGCCUGUCGCUUGUUUUCGCCGGGCCUUAUUUGAGUUACUACGACCUCAUCGAUUUCGAGAACAGCAAUGUGUGCGUACCUGGGUGGGAGGAGCAUAACCGUAAGGUUCUGGACACCUGCACCUUCGUUUUCGGCUAUGUUAUUCCUGUGCUCAUCGUGAGCCUUUCCUACACACGCACCAUCAAGUACCUCUGGACAGCAGUCGACCCCCUCGAUGGGAUGUCGGAGUCGAAACGAGCCAAGCGCAAGGUCACCAAGAUGAUCAUCAUAGUCACAGUGCUCUUUUGCAUCUGCUGGCUACCGUACCAUGUGGUCAUUUUGUGCUACCUCUACGGAGACUUUCCCUUCAAUCAGACCACGUAUGCCUUCAGGCUGCUGUCCCACUGCAUGGCCUACGCCAACUCCUGCCUCAACCCUAUCGUUUACGCCCUGGUGUCCAAACACUUUCGCAAGGGCUUCAAGAAGGUCUUCAGCUGCAUCCUCAGCAAAAAGGGACGAAAUAAGGUGCACGUGGUCCAUGUGGCCAACACUGUCCCAGGCUUCGAAGCGGGAUCCACUGAAGUGUCUCAAAUGAAUGAAGAGAACGCCAGACAGAACGAGAGCGAAAUGGUCAACCGCCCACUCGCAGAGCCGCAGGACGCCACUAUGACUAUAACGUUACCCUUCCAGAAUCAGCCAUGAAAAUAAAGCGUACGGCUAAUGAUGCCUUACAGAAGCCUUAUUAAAAAACUCAAACGGAGCCGGAGGAUUUCAGCAGCUUUGAUCGACAUCACAACGGUUUUGCACUGAAUGAGCACAGUAGAGAUGGCAGUUAAGAUUCAAAUCGCUGUGCAAAAUGAAAUCGUAUAUUCAAUUUGGUUCUCCUACAAAUGCAUCUUUGUGUUUUGCUUGGUUAUGUUGGUGCCAAUGCUAAACAAUGUCUUAUUUGCAACCUCCUCUCUUUUUUUAGCAGCAUCGUCUGUUUGUUUCCUAUUGAAGUGUUACCCUCUGAGCAUGUUUCAAUUUAAUGCUGUGAUGACGACUAUUCUCCUGUGAAAAUUUGUUACCAAUUAUUUAAUGUCUUUAAUAUCUGAAGAGCCCCGUGUCUUUAUGUGAGCAAAGCUGUGAUUUCCUACUGUGCUUGAAGCUUUUAAGAGGACUCUUUGAUUAUGCUCCUCAGCUUCGCUUAACAAGCUCUUUAAAAAAAUAUGCUUGUGUUAAAUACGGUAUGUACUUGCGUUUACCUCUAAUAUUCUUUGCCGUUUUAGUAAGUCUUGAAAUUA